UGGCCUGAAACUCUUAUUCUCCUUUUAUUUAUUGUUUGAUGGUACACUAUCUCCAACAACACUUAAUUAAAGUGUUUUAAACAUUUUUAGUUGAGAUUACAUUUUUUGAUAUGCCUAUAUUGAUUUAAUUAAGCCCAUGAAGUUUUAGUUGACACUACAUUUUUUUUUUUUGCUUAAAAGUCAACCAAUAAUAGUAAUCUGGAAAUUAAACUAAAUAAAACAAUAUAUAAAAUUCCAGAUACACUCAAAUAUAAAAGAAGCUAAUGGUUUACCCAAUUUUCUAUAUCUUCUCUUCUCCGAAACUCUCACCCCGAUCAAACCUUCUCAUCACCGUCUCUGUUUUCGAUUAAUUACAUCAAAUUCAAAUGCCCCAAGUCGUUCUUGAAACCUUGGUUAAAAUCGCAUGCGAGACACUCGCCGACGACAACAAAGACACCGUUCAUGACCCGAUGAUCCGACCCGUGACUCCGAUCGAUUUUCCACCGGAGUCUUACUCCUUAUCCAAAGAAGCACAGCUCGAGUGGUUCAACGAGAACGCCUUCUUCGAACGCAAGGAAUCUCAAAAAGGAAACUCCUUCCCCGCUCAGAACACGAGCUCUCACUCUCAGAAGAUUCCUCUCAAAUCCAAAACGUCGGUGAUCAGAUUACCGAAACCGCAGAAGACGUGUUUCAACGAGGCGAAGAAGCGGCGAGACUGUAGAAUCGCGAGGACUCUGAUGAUCCCGAAACGGUUCGGGUCGUUGUUGAGGUCGGAUCCUUCGUUCUCGGAGCCUGGUUCACCCAAGGUCUCUUGUAUUGGGAGAGUGAGAUCGAAACGGGAACGUAGCCGUCGGAUGCAGAGAGAUAAAUCCGGUCGAACCGAUUCUUUUAAAGAUAAACCGGUUUUGGUUAAGAAAUCCGGGUUUUUCGCGAUCUUUAGAGCUAUUUUCAGAACCGGAGGGGGUUGCAAAAGUCUAACGGCGAGUGGAGCACACGCGCCGGAUAGGGACAAAAUUACUCUUCCGGGAGAAAUCGAAAAAUCUUCGCCGACGAGGAUGAGUGCCGGUUCGAGGAAAUCUAUUGACGGAGGAGAACCGGUAUUGACCGGUUUAGGUGGGAUGAUGCGGUUUACUUCUGGGAGAAGACCGGAUUUGUUGGGAGAAGAUUGACGUGCGGCGUUUUACGCUGUGGACAAGUGAGAACGGUGGGGCUCAGUUCCGCGUUUCAAGCUUAUGAGAAAACAAUGAUUUGUUGUUGGCUUUCAUGGGCUUUUUAUGGGGCCCAUGAGUGUGUGUUGAAUUUAAAAUGUCGUUAGCGAUGACGUGACGAGCGGUUUUAACGGAGUUAGGAACACGGCGUAGAGAGAGAACGCGGGGAUACUUUUGGUUAAAUUUCGCGCGUUUCAACCACUUCCACUGUUUUGUAUAUCUUUUGGUUAAAUAGGAAUUUAUAUUGUGCCUUUUUAUUCGUAAGACUUGAUUUUGAAUUAGUUUUGCGUUAAAACUUUUGCCUGUCACAAAAAUAUAGCUUUGUGUUUUAUUUAGAUUUUUCCUUGUCUUAGUUAUACGUAGGUAUUGUUAUUUAUUUGUAUAUGUAUACUUUUUAAUGGUGUGAGGGAUGUAAAACUAAUGAGAUAUUUUUAUCAGUAUUGAUCUUGUAAAAUAUGCUCCCUCCGUUUCGAAUUAGAUGUCAUUCUAGAGGAAAAAUUUCGUUUCAAAAUAAGUGUCGUUUUAAAGUUU